UUCACAGUUGACGUUUGAUGUUUCUGUAUUAUGUUGAUAUAUUUUUAAUAAGGUAAAUUCAAUAUUUAAUCUUAAGUGUAUGGUGUUAAUAUACUGCAAUGGGAGAAGAUAAGAAGCAAGAGCUUAACUACUGAUCUCAUUUUACACGUUUAUAAGGUAUUAGACCGAUUAGACUACACAAUUCGUAAAGAUAGACUCGGUGUGGGGUUGGGCGUCACCGCCCUUACGCCUCCAAUUGGCUUCUCACAUCAGAGCCACUUGUAGAAUGGGCGAAAUGGCCAUCGGAGAUCGGGCCCCAUCUCCUGCGAGACUUUCCCAUACUUCUGAUAAACAUCCUAAAAGCACCCUUACUGAAUUAAAUUUGCUUCGAAGGCAUCGUGAAUUGUGUGAUGUAGUGCUUAAUGUUGGUUCCCGGAAAAUAUUUGCUCAUCGUGUGAUUUUAAGUGCUUGUAGCCCUUACUUUCGUGCAAUGUUUACUGGAGAAUUAGCAGAAUCUCGCCAAACUGAAGUAACUAUUCGUGACAUUGAUGAAAAUGCCAUGGAUUUGCUUAUAGAUUUUUGCUACACUUCACACAUAGUUGUUGAAGAAUCCAAUGUUCAAACCCUUCUACCAGCUGCUUGCCUACUACAGCUAACUGAAAUUCAAGAUAUUUGCUGUGAAUUUUUGAAGAGACAGUUAGAUCCUUCAAAUUGUCUUGGUAUUCGUGCUUUUGCAGACACACACUCAUGUAGAGAAUUGUUAAGGAUUGCAGACAAAUUCACACAACAUAACUUCCAGGAAGUUAUGGAAAGUGAAGAAUUUCUAUUGCUUCCAGUUAGUCAAUUGGUAGAUAUUAUUUCUAGUGAUGAAUUAAAUGUUAGGAGUGAAGAACAGGUUUUUAAUGCUGUAAUGUCUUGGGUUAAGUACAAUGUAUCAGAAAGGAGGCAGCAUUUACCCCAGGUCCUUCAACAUGUAAGGUUGCCUUUAUUGAGUCCUAAAUUCCUUGUUGGCACUGUUGGCUCAGAUUUACUAGUGAGAUCAGAUGAGUCUUGUAGAGAUCUCGUUGAUGAAGCUAAAAAUUAUUUACUUCUACCACAGGAAAGACCUUUAAUGCAAGGACCAAGAACCAGACCCAGAAAACCGACAAGAAGAGGAGAAGUGCUGUUUGCUGUUGGUGGAUGGUGCAGUGGAGAUGCAAUUGCCUCUGUGGAAAAGUUUGAUCCCCAAACCAUGGAAUGGAAAAUGGUUGCACCUAUGAGCAAAAGGCGUUGUGGUGUAGGGGUAGCAGUACUAAAUGAUUUAUUGUAUGCAGUAGGUGGACAUGAUGGACAAAGUUACCUUAACAGUAUUGAAAGAUAUGAUCCUCAAACUGACCAAUGGUCUUGCGAUGUUGCCCCUACAACUUCUUGCCGAACCAGCGUGGGUGUUGCCGUUUUAGAUAACAUGCUUUAUGCUGUCGGAGGUCAGGAUGGCGUUCAAUGUUUAAAUCACGUUGAAAGAUAUGAUCCCAAAGAGAACAAAUGGAGUAAAGUUGCCCCAAUGACUACGAGACGUUUGGGAGUAGCUGUGGCAGUUUUGGGAGGUUAUUUGUAUGCAAUAGGGGGCUCUGAUGGCCAGUCGCCACUUAAUACAGUCGAAAGGUAUGACCCAAGACACAACAAAUGGACCCCAGUCAGUCCAAUGUCCACAAGAAGAAAGCAUCUCGGUUGUGCAGUCUUCAACAAUUUAAUAUAUGCGGUUGGAGGUAGAGAUGACUGCAUGGAAUUGUCUAGUGCAGAAAGAUACAAUCCUCAUACGAACACCUGGAGCCCCAUAGUCGCUAUGACAUCAAGGAGAAGUGGUGUUGGCUUGGCUGUGGUCAAUGGUCAGCUUUAUGCAGUGGGUGGAUUUGAUGGUACAGCUUAUCUUAAAACGAUUGAGGUUUACGAUACGGAGCAGAAUCAGUGGAGACUCUGUGGGGCGAUGAAUUACCGACGAUUAGGGGGUGGUGUCGGUGUAAUGAGAGCACCCCAGACCGAAAACCGGAUCUGGUAGCAUGUUGUUAUCACCAUUAAAAUUCCAACCUACUCCAGUAAAUAAAUGUGACUUCGAAUGUGAUUUUUAUUAUUAUGUAAGGCAAAUCGGCUUGCAGGUUAAUUUGUUUAUUUGUUUGAUUCUUACACUCCAUUAUUCUUCUGUUUAUUUUGUUAACAUAUUUUAUGAAAAAGAUUUAAAAGUGGCCCGUAGAAUGUUUUCAGUUUUGGGAUUAUGUUUAACGGAUAACAAAGAAAUUAAUAUAUUUUGGAUUUGUACAUUAUUUGUGUCCUAUCACAAUUUUCACGAUAUUAAAACUAUGAAGUUGUGUAAGGCAUAAUAAAAGUGGGAUAUAAUUAUAUUCCUUGGAGAUAAAAUACGAUAUAAUAUUUAUGACUUCUUUAUAAGUAUAUAACUGUUAUUCUUUAAGGAAAUAUAUAUCUUUAAAGUC